AUGGCCUGUCCGAUCCGGUUACCUCACAAAACCGGUCUGGCAAUGAACCAGCUGAAAACCGAUAAAACCAGGGUGAACCGGAUGAAAACCGAAAAACCGGAAAGCACUACGAAUCUUGCAACUGAGUUCAUCACAAUCAAUGGCCAUGGAUUUCUCCACUCUCUUUCAACAAAUAUCGUUUUUACACUUCUUGUUCCUCGCCUCAUCUUCGGGGCUAUCAGCAGAGCCAAAAGCAACCAGAAAGAUAAUAAAAAACCGCCGCCGGAGCUGGCUGGAGGUCGGCCUUUGCUCGGUCACCUUCACCUAUUCGGAAAAGGGCAGCUCAUACAUAGAAAACUUGGGUCAUUGGCCGACGAGUAUGGACUCGCCUUCUUGAUCCGCAUGGGGAUCCACCCAACACUGGUGGUGAGCAGCUGGGACGUUAUAAAAGAGUGUUUCACCACCAAUGACAAGGUCUUCCAGACGGGGCCGAGGUUUUUAACGGCGAAAAUCAUGGGCUACGACCACGCCUCGAUGGCUUCGGCUCCUUACAGCCCCUACUGGAGCCACACGAGGGAAAUCGCCAUCGUCGAGCUCCUCUCCAACCGACGACUCGAGUUGCUCAAACAUAUUUGCAAGGCGGAAAUCAACGCUUUCCUCAAACAGUUGUACAACGAAUCCGCGGCAAACUAA